UCGUCGCGUCAACCCGAGAGAGGCAGAGAUGAGGGGCGGCGGGCGGGCGCGGCAGAACGCGAUCCGGUCGGGCAUCGUGGUGCUGGGCGCCGCGGCAUUCGCCUACCUCUCCUACCGCGUCGGAUUCAAGCCCUACCUCGACCGCGCCCAGGAGGCCAUGGACUACCAAAUCCACAGCUCCGACCACGCCGCAGCCGCAGCCGCCGCCGCCUCCUGGGAGGACCAGCCCGGUCACCCGGAGGGCGACGGCGGCCUCGCGCCGUCCAGGGACCCGGCCACCGUGCUCCGCGACUGACUCGCCCCGCCGUCAGGGGGCUUCCGCGGCAGCUUGGCUCGUUGUGGCAUUUCGCCGAACGCUUUGUAAGCGGAUAAUAAAGGACCAGGAAGCAGAACAUCUUCUAGAUUCCAGCGACAUUGUUGCAGAUCUGUGUGAUCCUAAUGGGAAAUCUCGUUUGCCCCAUGUUCUUGCGCCGACUUACUCACGGUAGCGAUUAAUCACCUAUCGUUGCAAUUUGAGUGAUGUAGAGAUGUUAGUUCUUCAGGAGCUUGAAGAAUGUAGGUCUUGCCCUCAUAUUUGGAGAUAGUUUCCUCUCCUAUGUAGGGCGUUGUCUUUCUUAGUGCGACAUUUUCUUGCCUGCCAGGCACAGUUGCAUCGUCCCAUGUAAACGCGGCCUGCCGCUGGACACUCUGUAUUAUUUCUCCUUUCCUCUAAUACAUCGGCACGCAAGCCUUUUGCGUGUCCGCAAAAAAAAAAA